GAAGGGGAUUGAAACAUUCGGAAUCAUCGUUUGCAACAAAUAAGAGACCCGCGAUCUACUCUGGCGAGUUUGCUUAGCAACUUUAGGCUGGGCUGCUGCAUUUGCGCUUAAGGACACACAUAUCAACAGAACAGAGACGGGGAAGAGCGCCGACAUACUAGAUUCAAUCCCUCAAUGGUUGUGGAUGAUUGUGUCGUAAGGUCCAAAUUCUCAAAAUGAAAUGAAGCAAGUAGAGUGAAAACAUGGAAGCGUUGAUCGAGGCAUUCGGGUCGUUAGACUAAACCUAAGUUAACAACGAAAUUGGAAGGAGGAUUUGUUAGGGCAAACCUCUGCCCCAUUGGUAGAAGAAAUAAGAAAUAAAAGCUAUUGAUGGAAAGACCGAAUGGGAUACAAGAGACAACAGGCUGAUUCCUCUUGAAAUGGGAAGGAGAUACAAUGUUAAUGACUUGAACAGAAGAGAACGGAAAGUAAGUCCGUAAGAAAGACAUGUUUUUGUUAUCAUAAAGUAAAUAGGGAAGAGAAUAUGUCAUCCCUAAAUUGUCGCUCAUUACCACAAGACGCAAAUGAUUGGGCUACGAAAGUAGUAUUGUAUAAUAGCAGAACGCAACUGAGAUACAAGAAAACUCAUCAACUUACAAGAGCAGAACAAAUAAGAGCCCUUAAGUCUUAAUAAACCGUAUGUAUUUACUGGUACAAUGAGCGCGUAUUCACGUAUAUAGAACACUAAUCUGAUGAGAAAAGAAACAUCUCGUCACAUCUUUGGCAAAUCCAUCGAAUAGAAGAAUCAUUCGAUGACAAGUUGUCUCUUCCGCUGCCUGUAUUUUUUAAAUGCAAGGAUGACCUGCAGAAUCAAGCAGUAUGGCUGCUUUUAAAGAGAAAGAACAUCAGGAAAUCCCCGAGUUGCUCCGCCCCGGCUGGACAAAAUCGCAGUGCAACUCCUCCCCCCUGUCUGUGAACUGACAGGAUACGUAGUAAGGAAGGGGUCCUCGCCUGGCAUCACAACGUGGAACCCUCUGCACUGAUGCAGUCAUGUGUUAGAAUUUCCAGUGAUACAGGCAUUAACAUAAAAUGAUUUUGAGUUAGGAGUUGGCAAGAGAUAGGAACUGCAUGGAACAGUGGAACCGUAGUCAAAAUUGUGAAUACCACUUGAGAACCGUCAUCCAUAGGCCUAUGAAAGGUCAAGUGCGACUUAAAAAAGUGACGUUGAAAAGUGGCAUCCUUUAACUGUGCAAUUCAGGAUGAUGGGUACACGGAAGAAUUUCUUAAGGGUAGCGGUAGUUGCCAUCAUCUUUCGCUUGGCCAAGCCACAGUUAUUCACAGAGGACACUAACGACGAGGCUCUGGUGACUGCCCAAACCCUCGACAUUGAAAAGCCAGAGGGAAGAAGCAGCACCGUUGAACCCUCCAGCUCGUGUCCUGAAUUUGGGGGGCUUCAGGUUGCUGGCUCCGUUAUAAAGUGCCAUUGCCAAGGGAGGGAAGUUCUCGUCAAUGGCAAAUGCCAAGUUUACGAUGGCACUACUGUCGUCCCUGCACAGAGCGACUGGAUUCACACGGUUGAGUCGAAUACAACUAAUUACAACGUAACAGUUAGAGACGUGAGUUGCGAUCUUACCAAGAAUCGUUUCUUUAACUUCACCAAAGGACAGUUUCAUCUAAGGCCUCGCGGUGAUGUGGUUCUCCUGAGGGAAGCUGGUGACCUGGAAGGACAACGCAUCAGUAACUACUGCCUCAUCCACCACCUCGAUAGUCAGGGUGACCUGACGUGGACUAUAAAAGCCUGCGUACCCAUCCCCUCCAUUCCCAGAUGCUGCCCCGAUGGAUAUGCCACCAAAGAGGGAGAAUGUCAGCCCGCUAAGACGCCUACUUUGCUCACACCACCCGUGUCAGCGAAGCCUUCCGGCAGCGCUGUCAGUUGGCCAAACGUCACAAAUUUUCUCAGUGCACUCACGUGUGAUUCCGAGCCUAUGAGAACGAUUCCACUGUCUCAGAAACAGUCGGGUUUGCUGUCCCUAGCUGACGGUGUAAAGCACGGCUGGGUUCCUGGGGAAUUCAAUUCGAGGCGUUUUUAUCAUUCUUGCCCCGACUUCUGCAUCGACGGGGUCGAAAACUCUGACGGCUCUGUGGAUUACUUCGCGAGCUUCUGCUAUCAGGACCCAAGAGAGGCCCGCAAGCAGCGUGUCAGGACGGACCAUGUAUCCACAAAUGCUGCAAGUAUGGGCAAUCAAUGGAUGCUCAUAGUUUCUCCUGCAAGCCAGACGAGAACGCCACUUUCAGCCCACCUGCUGCUGCUGACUUAUCCAAGUACAACAUCGUCAUCGCGUAUCCAUUAUGUGGGGUUUUUGUCCGUAAAGGAGGGAAGAUCGCCAUAGACAGAGACGGUGGUCUAACUCUCGGAGACAGCCAUUACCCCUCAGGCGAUUUCUGUGUGGAUACAUUUCUGGAAAAUGGCCUCCGAAAACAAGAGGUCUUGUCCUGUCACAGACCAUCCAAAUGGAUUAGAGUGAGGACCUACCUGUUUCCUGCGUGUAAAGUUAUCUCCUUGAUCUUCCUAAGCAUCACCAUUGCCUGUCAUCUAUUCGUCCCUAGACUUCUGGCUCAUGGAGGGUUGUACCUGAUGUGCUACGCGGUUUCGCUGUUCACCGCAUUCUCUACAGGCUUCUCUGUUAAUGUCUUCCAUGAGCACCUCGGGGAUUCAUCCUGCGUCAAUCUCGCUAUUGCAAUGCAGUUUGGAUUCAUCGCAACAUUUUUCUGGCUGAAUGUGAUGUGUUUCGAGACCUGGAGGAAGAUUAGGGGCCUUGCGUACCAGAAACGCUCUCGCCCGUUUCCAAGUGGAAUCUACGUGUUGUACGGUUGGGGAGCGCCAUCUUGCAUCUGCACAAUUACCAUCGUAAUGCAACACCUGGCUCCAGAUAAUGUUUGGGGCGUAAUUAAACCAUAUAUUGGCAUUUCACGAUGUUGGUUCAGAGAGGACAUUGGCCUGUUGCUAUACUUCUAUGGCCCCAUUUCCUUCGCGGCUACAUGCAGUUCGGUCUUCAUCGUGCUCACGUUCAUAAACUAUAAAACAAUACUUCGAAACUUCAUGACAAUGAGUGGUCCUCAGCGGGAGAGGGACAGGGAGGUCGAACCUGACAAAAAAGCCAGGCCCCCAAAGUUGCCCCCUGUCCAGAUCACGGGCCCCAUUCAAGAUUUCUCCACGAAGAUGAAGCUGUUUUCUUUGAUGGUCUUCUGCUGGAUAACAGAGAUCCUCUCAUGGAAAAUACCUCCCAUGGAACUCUGGGCACUGACGGACACCUUGAAUUCUCUGCAAGGACUCUUCAUUUUCAUCAUCUUUCUACUGAACAGACACAAACGGGCUCUCGUGGAGGAGAAGUUUCCCCUCCCCUUCAACUUAGCGAGGAGAUGCCAGAAACUUAUGGGCAAGGCAGCACCAAACCAGAGCAAAGGGUCCUCAGAAUCUAUCCCCCAUGAAAAAGAUAACAACUCCACGGUUUCUUCAGUCAGCAUGGACCUUCCAAAGACAACAGCCACUUCAUAACUUUGCCAGUGCACAGUGUCGGGAACUUCAUGCGAUAAUGAAAGAUGCAUAGGCAGUGACAAAGAAUCUUUAAUGUUAGCUCUUCACUAUAUUUCACGACAGGAAUAUCUCCCAGAACAACAGCGUUCACUAUGAAUAACUUGACUGGGAAGCAGCUUAGCUCAACUGGAUAUUUCUCUAUGUACUGUCCUUUCGAUAUUAGUAUUGAUUUAUUUACUUGCAGUAGCCUGUUAGAUUAACUCCAUUUCAGAUUGUGUUGUAUGUUUUAGGCACAGUGUUGUAAUUUGCCAGGCACUUUUUUGUGAUUUUCCUAGAAUGGAUAUAUAUAUUAUUAUAUAUUGCUACUUUCAAAAUGCAUAUAUCUCCUCUGUGACUGUAUAAAAUGUUAUGUAGAAUUGUGCAACAUUUUUUCAGAUUCUUAGAUAGCUUAGAGAUAGGAUGUUUUAAAAUGUGUGUUCAGAUUUCGCAUAACAUAAUGUAAAAGAA